GGGAGGAAGAAACACAAUGAGAACAAAAACAUACAUACAAAAUGAAGGCAGACCAGGGGCCAACGCAAUAAAGUAGUUUAAAUAAACUGACAAUAACCUACGAAGGCGGCAUCUGUGAAUUUUUAGUAUUUUUGUUUAAAAAUAUACUUGAACAAUUGAUCCAUUAUAAACAUUUUUGCCUUUUUUUGUCAAACAGUCAACCAAUCAUUUCAGCUGUGAAGUAGUGUUAGUUUCUGGGACCUGUGGAAAAAGUGAAAUAACCAUGUACAGUAAGGGUCAAUAGCAGUGACACACUAUGGGUGAAGCUCUUUAGCAAACUCACGAUUUGGUUCAGAAAGGAUUCUUGAUUAAAACCCAUUCUAUUCAAUAAAAAUAAGAAGGGCACUACAGUUUGGCUCUUACUCCAGUGCACUGUGUGAAACCAUUGAUUCCUGUCCUUCCGAUGCCCACUGAGCUGGAAAUGAAAAGCAGCAGUGGUGGAAGAACUACUCAGAUUGUUUACUUACUUACUGUAAAGGUAGCUAUACCGCAGUGUAUAAAUACUUUGUUACAAUUAAAAGUAAUGCAUUCAAAAUACUCCUUAAGUAAAAAGAUGUCAGCACCAAAAGUAAAAGUACUCAUUAUGCAGAACGGCAGAUUUCACAUUCAUGUAUAUGGCAUUACUGGGUUGUAAUGACAGGUGUGUGUUGUGUUCAUCACUUUAAUGUUGCAGCUGGUAAAGAUGAAGCUAACGAAUCUGAAGAACGUUACUUUACAUGCUGGUGGGUAGCUUGUGAAUUUCCCACCAGGGAUCAACUAAGUCUUAUGAUCAAACUGUCUUUAGUUUUAUUCAUCUGCUUCUGAAAAGUAAAUAAAGUUAUCAAAUACAUGUAAUGCAGCAAAAAGUACAUUUGCCUCUGAAACGUAGAAGUCAAAGCAUGAAGGAGCAGAAAAUGAAAAUAAAAUAAUAAACACUGUACUUAACUACAGCAGGCUACUUGAGUAGUUAGUUACUUUCCACCUCUGGCCCUGUAUUACUUGGAUAUCGAGCUGAAACCAAAUUCUGUGGAACCCCUAUCCCCCGUAUUUACCCCGAAAUUAGCCGGGGUCAGGACACCUGUCAACGCUUCCUGUCCUACUAGCCCAUAAAGCUACUUAGCCACCGACUAGCACUUUUCUUUAUUUUACUGGCUAAUUCGGUCCACUUUAUUAUCAGACAGUAAGAUCCGCUGCACGGAGAGGCAAUGCUUCUCGGGGCCUUGUGGACACAGACGGUGUAUUUAUCUUUCUGACAGGAGAUCCUUUUACCGGUCGGCUAGCUAAAACAAACACGUUAGCGAGUUAGCAACCGUUAGCCAGAAUAAGGAGGUUGCGGUUGUGCUGCGAACGUGGAAAGGUGUCCGAUUGUCGGAGACUGUUUUUCUCUGAGACCGUGCUUCCCAUGUUCUUCAGUGUCGGGUUUAGGGCUUGACUUCUUGUUCGGCUGUGGUUCAUCUCGCAGAGAAGUUUAAAUGGGAGGAUUCCUCCAUCACUUGGUGUGGCAACAUGGCUACUGAACAGUCCGAGGAUGCGUUCAGGGACACGAGAGACAUGAACCGAAGUACUGGAUUCAUGGUGAGGAUCAGGAACUUCAGUCCCAGGGAAGUUUUCAAUUGGCAGCUGGCCAAGAUGUUGGCCAUGAGUCAGGGGCUGGCUGUGCUCAUCUGUGGGACGGCCAUCACCUCCCAGUACCUGGCCACAGACUUCCAUAUAAACACACCCAUGCUACAGAGCUUUUUGAACUACACCCUGCUGUGUGUCACCUACACCACCAUGCUGCUCUGUAGAGCAGGGGAGGACAAUAUUUUACAGAUUCUGAAGAGCCGAUGGUGGAAGUACCUCCUGCUGGGACUGGUGGAUGUGGAGGCCAAUUACACAGUGGUUAAAGCAUACCAAUACACCACCCUCACCAGUGUACAGCUGCUGGACUGCUUUGUGAUCCCGGUCCUGAUGCUCCUCUCCUGGUUGAUUUUGAAGGCACGUUACAGGCUAGUCCACUAUGGAGCCGUCUGCAUCUGUCUCCUUGGGGUGGGGGCCAUGGUGGUGGCUGACCUGCUAGCUAGACGUGACCAGGGCUCCACUACAAACAUCCUGUUAGGUGAUGGCCUGGUGCUGCUCAGUGCGACGCUGUAUGCUGUGUCUAAUGUGUGUCAGGAAUACACAGUGAAGAACCGGAGCAGAGUGGAGUUCCUGGGCAUGGUCGGCCUGUUCAGCACCAUCAUCAGCACCAUACAGAUGGUGGUUCUGGAAUAUAAUGAAGUUUCUGUCAUUCAGUGGAGGUGGCAAGUCGGGCUCCUGUUCUCUGCUUAUGCGCUGUGUAUGUACACUCUGUACAGCUGUAUGCCCUUAGUGAUAAAGAUGAGCAGUGCCACCUCUGUCAACCUCUCUCUGCUCACCUCUGACCUCUUCAGCCUCUUCUGUGGGAUGUAUCUCUUCCAGUACAAUUUCUCUGGACUCUACCUAGUGUCACUGGUGGUCAUAAUCAUUGGAGUCAUCACCUUCUUCGCUGUGCCAACAACCAGUGCACUUAUAGGCUCUGCCUCUUCCUCCUCCAUCUGUGAGGAAGGAAGAAAUCCCAACAAGCACGAAGUGGUUGAGAGGGCUGCCACAGAGAAGGAAGAGCAUGACAAAACAGAGCAGCAGGGGGAUGGAGAGAAGGAGGAGGAGCAGGAGGAAGAGGAGAGGAGGAAUAAGAGGACAGCUGCAGGGCCAACACAGAACUUCCACCAAUGCAACUCAGUUUUCCUAUAAUGUCAUUCUACCUAAAAGCAACAUUACCAUGAUAGUUUGACACUGAUAAUAUGAUCCCAUCGCCAUAAAAAUCUACCCCUGGCAUUUGGAACCACACUGAUAUCGUUAUUAGUACCAUUACACUUCAGUAAUGGUAGUUUCUUCAGGAUCUAGCUAAGUAAAGCCCCUUUUCUCUCUCCUGGUACCUGAUCAACUUGACUUGACUCGACUCUACUUGCUUUUGGUAGCUGGUGCUUGGUUUUCCACUGCAGAUGGUCCCCUCUCAGUGUAGUUGGUUGUCACAGCAACUCUGCAUUACAUUGCUGUGACAUCGGCAGCACUCAACACAGUAACAGUGGAGGACAUCGAAGGUCUGCCUGCCUUGAUUCUCAGUAUGUGGCUGUUUUUAGUUAGUACAGUAAAGUAGUGGUUAGCGUUAAAUAAUGACGCUUUUAAAAAGGGCACUUCCUUUGUUCAUUGCUAGUCUGGUGUUUAUACAUCAUCAUUUGGUAUCGCCUCAGCUCGCCUGGAACCUCGACGGAGGUGAUACCAAAAAUAGUACCAGGUACUAUUCCCACCAUUUGACUGAUGGAAAAACAAAUAAGGUGAGUCGAGUCGAGUUGAGAUUAGUUGGUACCAGG